CACCUUAUCAUUUCUAGAAAUGUAAGCAGAAUUUUGAGUAGCUGUCACUCAAGUAAACAAACACGUUCGGGCUGCAGAAGGAGGCUUCGCUGCUUUUAUUGUGGUCAAUUCUAACAUUCGAAAUGACUUCGUCAGUGCAUUGUCAACUAUGGAUGGGAAGCCUGGAGCAGUAUAUGACGGAAAAUUUCAUUAUUGCCGCAUUCCGAAAAAUGGGCGAGGAGCCGCAAACUGUGCGUCUUAUGCGCAACAAAUAUACUGGCGAGCCAGCGGGCUAUUGUUUUGUUAAUUUUGCGUCAGACGAACAAGCGAUUGAUGCGAUGCACAAGCUUAACGGCAAACCCAUUCCUGGCACAAAUCCAAUUGUUCGCUUCCGCUUGAACAGUGCGAGCAAUUCCUACAAAUUACCGGGAAAUGAACGAGAAUUCAGUGUUUGGGUGGGUGAUCUCAGCUCGGACGUCGAUGAUUACUCCCUUUAUAAAGUUUUUUCCUCGAAAUACACAUCUAUUAAGACGGCGAAAGUAAUCCUGGAUAGUUCCGGUUUCUCCAAGGGUUACGGGUUUGUGCGCUUCGGGAUUGAGGACGAGCAAAAGGCUGCCUUAUACGAAAUGAACGGCUAUAUUGGGCUAGGCAGUAAGGCGUUGAAGAUUUGUAAUGCUGUCCCGAAACCGAAAACUGCUACGACUACUGACACAACAACAACAGUGACCACAAGCUACGCAGCGGGUGGAUAUGGAGCGACUUCUGUUGCUCCGGCAGCUGCUGCUACGGAUUACACGCAAUAUUACGACCCAACCGCUUACUGGCAAGGAUAUAACGCUUGGCAAGGCUAUUAUGACCCUCAAGGUGGUGCUGGAGAUGCUACUGCUGCAUAUUACCAACAGGCGACGCCACAACAAACUAACAUUCAGACAGUGGUUCAGCAGGCGGAAGCUUGGACUGCCCAAAGGACUUAUGAGCAGCAGCAGGAAGACGAUGAUUUGAUGCUGGUUGAACAUAAAUUUACAUUGGAUGUAGACAAGAUGAAUCGAGAGAUGGCAGAACGCGACAGAAAUUUAUGGGAUGCAUUGGAAAGCUCGAAGUGGUUACCACUUGAGUUGUUAGAAGUUUUCUAAUAGUUUUUGUAUGUACACUUUAUGCAUCAAUUUUAUUCAAUAAAUGUAGGUUUUUCAAGUUC